CGCCGAGCCCGCUCCGGACUGCGCCUCUUUGGACCUUGAGGGGAAACAUGCGUUUGGCUUGGAUCGUUUUAAAUUCUUAGUUUGGGAUCCCCGCCUGCCUGCCUCUUCCGCCCCGCGGGGUUUCUUUUUUCCUUUUCUUUUCCUGUUCUUUUUUUUUUCUUCUCCUUUUUCCCCUCCCGGUCUCCUUUUUGACUCCCUCGCCAUUUAUGCUCGCCCAACCCUCCCCCCGCUGCUGAGAGGUGGGGGAGGGUCUCGGCCUCCAGGUUCCCGCCCCACCGGGCCCGGGCGAGCAUGGGGGGCAAGCAGAGCACGGCGGCCCGCUCCCGGGGCCCCUUUCCGGGGGUCUCCACCGAUGACAGCGCCGUACCCCCGCCGGGAGGGGCGCCCCACUUUGGCCACUACCGGACGGGCGGCGGGGCCAUGGGGCUGCGCAGCCGCUCGGUCAGCUCGGUGGCGGGCAUGGGCAUGGACCCCAGCACGGCCGGGGGAGUGCCCUUUGGCCUCUACACCGCCGCCUCCCGCGGGACCGGCGACUCCGAGAGGGCGCCCGGCGGCGGAGGGUCCACGUCCGACUCCACCUAUGCCCAUGGCAAUGGUUAUCAGGAGACGGGCGGCGGUCACCAUAGAGACGGGAUGCUGUACCUGGGCUCCCGAGCCUCGCUGGCGGAUGCUCUACCUCUGCACAUCGCACCCAGGUGGUUCAGCUCGCACAGUGGUUUCAAGUGCCCCAUUUGCUCCAAGUCUGUGGCUUCCGAUGAGAUGGAAAUGCACUUUAUAAUGUGUCUGAGCAAACCUCGCCUCUCCUACAAUGAUGACGUGCUGACUAAAGAUGCGGGUGAGUGUGUGAUCUGCCUGGAGGAGCUGCUUCAGGGGGACACGAUAGCCAGGCUGCCCUGCCUGUGCAUUUAUCACAAGAGUUGCAUAGACUCGUGGUUUGAGGUAAACAGAUCUUGUCCAGAACACCCUGCGGACUGACCCUGCUGGGCUCCCUUGCUGACUCCUCUCAAAGGGACAGCCAGCCCCCCGUCCUGAGAGGAGGCAUCGGCCACGGGCAGAGCUGAGCUGGGGACACCAGUGGGGACAGGGCACCCCUCCUGCACUGACUUCCAGAGAAUGGCUCUCCCUUGCUCCCUGAGGACACCAAAUUGGAUGAGAGCGAGUUUGAGAGAAGAAAGAGUCAACCGCUAUCCUUCCCCUCACCCCUCGUGCCAGGAGGGAAAGGGCAUUUUCUUUUUCACCUUUGAAAGGCGUUGUGGGUCUGUCUCUAUUAAGUGUUUACAAAAAAAAUUAUAAAAAAAAAACAAAAAGUCUAGUGUC